AUGGAUCGUGCAAAUAAGGCCAUGCGCCAGCGUUUUAUGCGGGUCCAGCAAAAUCUUGGAUUAUCGGAAAAGCGUGAUGAACUACAGCAGGUGCAAGCAGUUGAUCAGAGAAAUUUACGGACGAUCGGUGCUAUUGCAACAUUCCGCAAAAAUUUGGCUACAUGCCUGAAAACUUGCUCAAAGGAAGAUGAUAAGAAAAAGAAAAAAUUGGACGAAUAUGGGCUCGUAACCGAAUUGGGGACAGAUGCCUCGCAAAUGGAUCCGGCCUCUUGUGUGACAAAAGUCAUGAAAAAGAUCAGUGACACGGUGAAUAAAACGAUGGAUGCAAAAAUCCACCUUGAGCAAAAACUCGAGAAAAACGUGAUGGAAAAAUUGAGCAAAUAUGUGGAAUUGGAUAAGUCGCUAGCGAAACUGAAGGAAAAAUUAGCGCAUCUGACGAUCGACGUGGAUUUGGCUGAGAAAUCUUUGAAUAACACAAAACAUGGCGAGGAGGAAAAGCUGAAAGAGUUGCAAGAAAAUCUGGAUAGCUCGAAAAUGAAGCUGGAGACACAUAAGGACCUCACGAUUAUUGAAAUGUACAGUCUCUUCUCAAAAGAAAAAGAAAUAGCUGCAAGUUUCGCCAAUUUUGUGGAGGAGCAAAUCGAAUAUCAUCACUCCGCAUUGUUGCUCUAUCAAAAUGCAUUGCCGGAAAUUCUGUUGGACAUCGAAAAUGCUCAUCCAUCCCCCGUUUUCGGGGUUGAUUUGGAGGAUCAUUUGAAGCGCACAAAUCGGGAUAUUGCGUUGGUGAUUGAAGAAUGCUGCGCCAUGAUCCGGCAUAAUCCUGAAAAAGAAAAAGGAAUGUUUCGUGUCAAUGGAAACGUCAACCGAAUCAAACGGAUGAAAGCGGCUUUCGACGCUUCACAAUAUCAUACAAAUUGGGAAGAAUAUUCAAGGGAUCAACAUGCGGUAUGUUCGGUACUGAAAUGCUAUCUUCGAGAAUUGCCGGAACCGUUGUUGACGAGAGACUUGGUAAAUGCCUGGACGAAUGCAGCCAGUUUACACGGCUCCGCUCGGGUGAAUGCGCUUCAAAAAGUUAUCCACGGUAUGCCCGCGGCAAAUAGAAAUAACUUGACAUAUCUGAUGAAUUUCCUUUCUGAAAUGCUUACAUAUGAGGAUGUUACAAUGAUGAAUUCGGGGAAUAUGGCUAUUGUCUUUGCACCAAAUCUCUUUGUUGGGACGUCGAUUGAGAAUGAUGUUGCCAGUCGGCAGAUUGUCGAAGCACUCCUUGAGAAUGCAGGUCAAUUAUUUGGAUCGGCACACGCAGCAGAUAUUCAUGUCCCAGUGGAUGUGGAUCCAUAUCAGCAUCGACAAUAUGACUACCCGUCAUUACCAAAAACCGGACUUUCCAAUUCUCCUGCGAGCUCCACCUCGUAUGCCUCGAUCUCCUCUGAAAAUUCUCUAGUCAAUCGUUCGCUACCGAGCCCAGUUCAGCAAUAUGAUCAUGGAAAUGCCCUGGCAGUGGACACCAUGGGCAAUAAGAAUAGACAGUCUGACCAUCCCUCUCCUUCUUUUGCGGUUUCGCCUUCGCCGGGUCGUUCUUCUUCAGUCAGACCAAAACAACCGGCCCCGCUUCCUCCUCCAGCCAAUACAAAGCAAAGUGCUUCUAGUGCCAUAAGAUCUGACCUUGAAUCUAUCUUCAGUCCACCACCCGUUCAACCUACACCUCCAGCUAGACGAAAUUCCACAAAGAACAAACAAGAACGUACCCAUGUCGUCCCGAAUAUGGAAAAAGUAUCUGCGAGCUUUACUGUUCCGCAUUAUCCCCUCGAAAUCGUCAAUGAAUCGAUGCAAAUGACAAGCCCGUAUGACAACGUACCAUCACGAGAUUUGGAUCUGACAUCCCUCGACCUGUUUGAGAAGGAGCUGACGGGCUCAUUUUAUGACUCGAAAAAGCUUGCAUCACAGGAAUCUCUGAACUCGAUGAAUGCAUAUUCCAGCGAAACCGAGACAAAAAAGAUGCCGGAAAAUUUGGUGUAUUCAAAAGUACUCGAACCAACGCUACAAAGCCGCCCAAGUAUUUCUUCUCGGCCCCUCAGCUAUCAUGGAGCAAUUCAGGGCACUUCUACGACACAGCAGGUGCCAGUUAAAGGACGAUUCCCGGUUGUCGAUGUGUCGGGGGCAAAGGAGAAGCCCGCUGAAAAUAGUUCAAAUGUUUCUGUACCACAUCGAGCCCCAAUAUUGCAUGACGCUGAGAAUCGGACGUUAAUCACGUUGGAGAGUACACCGGAACAUGGCCAACGCCCCGUCUCGACCCUAGAACGAACGAAUCGUGUGAAGCCUCCCCUUCCCGCGAAGCCGAAACCUGAUGAGCAUACAAAGCUA